AUUACACUUUACAUGCUCAGGAGGAGUCAGGGCCUCUCUCUCUCUCUCUCUCUCUCUCUCUCCACCGCCAGGAAACUCAACUCCUUGCUCUGUAAGAAAAGCACCCAGAAACAGAAAUCCCAGAAAGCAAGAAACCCAGAUCUAGAGGAAAUGGCACUGGAGUGGGUGGUGCUGGGGUACGCCGCGGCGGCGGAGGCGAUCAUGGUGUUGUUGCUUACUAUUCCUGGGCUGGACGGGCUCAGGAAGGGGCUGAUCGCUGUGACUAGGAACCUUCUGAAGCCAUUCCUCUCGGUGGUGCCCUUCUGUCUGUUUCUUCUGAUGGAUAUCUACUGGAAGUACGAGACACGCCCCAGCUGCGAGACCCCGGAGUCGUGCACGCCCGCCGAGUACCUCCGCCACCAGAAAUCCAUCAUCAAGAGCCAGCGCAACGCCCUCCUCAUCGCCGCCGCCCUCGUCUUCUACUGGCUCCUCUACUCCGUCACCGCUCUCGUCGUCAGGAUCGAGCAGCUCAACCAGCGCCUCAAGGCCCGCCGGGACUGAUGCCUUUGGAGAUGAGUUAAUCGGAUCUGUGUUUUUUUAUUUUAUUACAAGUUUUGUAUGAAACUGGAUCAUGUUCUCUAGGAUGUUCGUUGUUUUAAUGGUAUAUGGAAUUUGCGGAUUAUUGGGUCAAUGCUAAUGGCGGUUGUUGUUUUGAUUUCUAGGAUAA